CACCAGAGCGCUCUUUCUGCGGUUUCGUUGUCGGCGGGUGAAAGCUCGGAUAGUGAGACGCGUUUGCAACCUGCCGUCGAGGAAGUGUCAAUUGGCAGCGAAACAGACGUUCUGGCAACCACAGUGCCUGAAGAUGAAGCACCGCUGACGCGAGCCUCGGAAAGCUUGCUGGUGUCAGGGAGAAGAUGGGCCGGUCUCACUAGCGACCAGAUGAUUGAGGGACGUCACGCGAUGGAUCCUGGUUUUGAGAGUGAUAUCUCUGAUCCAGAGUCGGAUGAAGAAGACGAUGGAACCGGACACGACCAUGACGCGGAGAUGCGACACCGUCAGCAUAAAGCUGAUUUUUACGGCACUCCGAGUCAUGCCGAGGGCCAUCUGCAGUCACCGCGAGCGCACAGCGAGAGGCAGAAAAGCAAGCGUGGAAGAAACACUAGUGAGAAGAGUCGCACUAAAAGAGCGGACGUGGUCGAUCACGAUCUGCAUUUGCAGAAAAAAAAGUUCUAUCAUAUGGACCAGCAUCAAAGUGCCGUGGCGCGCAAGGAAGCACACACGACUCAGCGGCCGCCACCAGAUGAGGACGCGGCGACACUGCAGCACCGACUAAUGAAACGCGAUUUCUACGGGGAUCCGCACGCAGUGGAGACCGACGAGGAGGACCGGCAAGAACGCGCGGAGCGGG